AUGCUGGAAGUGCUUGACACCGCAGGCCAAGAAGAAUACAUUGCGCUGAGAGACCAGUGGAUACGGGACGGCGAGGGCUUUGUGCUGGUCUAUAGCAUCUCGUCUCGGUCGUCCUUUGCACGAAUCCAAAAUUUCCACCACCAAAUUCAGCGGGUUAAGGAGUUAUCGAUAUCUGGAUCACCAACAUACCCCGGCUCGCCGCUGAGCGCAUCCUCAAAUGGCUCUGCUUUCGGCUCCGCACCAGUCAUGCUAGUGGGUAACAAGUGCGACAGGGUGACAGAACGCGAAGUCUCGACGCAGGAAGGCAGCGCACUCGCUCGCGAGCUGGUAUGCGACUUUGUAGAGGCUUCCGCCAAGAAGUGCGUGAAUGUUGAGAAGGUAUUCUACGAUGUCGUCCGGCAGCUGAGGCGACAACGCCCACAGCCUUUUGGCUAG